AUGUUUAUUAAGGAUGAGUGAGAUUGUGUGCCAUGCUUUUACAGACGCUACAUGAAGCUGCGGUCAUGAAUGACACCACAGAAGUAACCCAGCAGAUGCAGUUUAAUGUGCCUGUUAAAGCUGUGCUCUCAAUGCUGCCAUGUCUUUUCUUUCUCUACGUAAACGCUGUCAUGUUGUUCGCCUUGUUGAGCAAGCCUCUCCUCCGAGAGACCCCCCGCUAUAUCCUGUUUGGUCAUUUACUUUUGUCUGAAUCUCUGCAGCUUUUAAUGACCAUGUUGCUGUACAUCUUUGCUGUGACCAUGGUCAGAAUGAUGAGCUACAUUUGUAUGAUUCUCACAAUAUUUGCAACCUUCACUUUUAAAAUAUCCCCCCUAAACCUGGCUGUGAUGUCUUUGGAGAGAUAUGUUGCCAUUUGUUUUCCACUGAGGCAUGCAGAUAUUGUAACCACCAGGACAACAAGAGUGGCCAUCGCUGUGAUGUGGACCGUGGCCUCUUUAGACUUGUUCACGCAGCUUUUUCUGUUUGUCAGUGUAGCGAAUACAAACUAUACUGUGCCGAGGUUUUGCCACAGACACCUCUACCGUCAACAACUUUAUACAACUAUAAACAAUGCCUUCAUCAUUGUGGUAUUUGUAUUUGUAAUUAUGGUUAUUAUCUACACUUUCUUUGCUAUCAUGAUCACUGUGAGGUCAGCCUCUGCCUCUUCGUCUUCUACUGAGAGUAAAGGCAGUAAAGCCUAUAAAACAGUGCUGUUGCAUCUGCUGCAGGUGUUCCUGUGUCUCACCUCCACUGUGUUUAAUACGAUAAACUCAGACAGCCUAUGGGGAGGUAAUUUCGCCAUCGCCACAAAAGUCCAGUAUGCUCUCUUUUUAUGCCUUAUCAUUUUCCCUAAGUGUUUGAGCCCACUCAUAUAUGGCCUGAGAGAUCAAACCUUCAGACAUGUCUUCAUAUAUUAUUUCACCUUUGGCUUUAAAACCACUACUAAGACAUUUCCUACAGUAUGAGUUCUGGUGUUGCUUUUUUUGCUUGCACAAUCAUGAUAAAUAUAAAUGCUGACUUGUAUUUG